AUGCCUGCUCAACGGCCACGGGCUGCCUUUGAGCCCAUUUCUCCAGAUCUGGACGUUGCGGAUUUAGUAGACUCGACACCAAACUUCGAAUAUGUGGCUAGAAUUCACUGUGAUGCAAUUGAUGCGAAUGGCCUAGAGAACUUCGAGAAACUCGUGUGGCUUCAUGUUGUUCUGGGUGGAAAGCCCCUGGUUAUCGAAGGGUUUAACCAAAGACUUGACAAUUCCAUAUUCUCCGAGAAAUGGCUGAGGAGCCACUAUUCAAUGAAGACGGAAUUUGCUCGGGAUCUCACGACCAAAACCGACCUUCCACUUACUAUUGGGCAUUAUUUGAAGAACAUGCAUUUGCUUACGAAUCAAUGGACUACCCAUAACUAUAAAGAUCCAAAUCGCCAGAGGAUUUAUCUUAAAGAUAUCGACUGCCCCCAACAAUGGCAUGACCACCUCAAACAGCUCAUCCCUCCUCCAUUGUUCUACCUAAACAAGUUACCGGAGAUGUUCGAAGGCCCCGGGGCAAAGACAUUAUCGUCAAAUGACGAUCUAUUAGCUCGAUCAGCUUCAGGGAGGCCUAUUGCCAAGGCUGGGGACCUCAUGAGUUGUCUUCCACCCUUCAUGCGUGCUGAAAACCUGAUGUGCUACAUUGGCCACGAAGGGACUUAUACACCAGCGCACCAGGAGAUGUGCGCCAGCCUUGGACAGAACAUAAUGGUUGAAGCGUCAGAUGGGUCUGUUGAGUACGGGAAAGCAACUAAGCCAGGAUCUUCCAUCUGGUUCAUGACUGAGAGCAAAGAUCGCCACGUCGUAGCUGAGUACUGGAUGUCUACGCUGGGACAUGAUAUUGAUAUCGAGGACCACUUUGCCCAGAUCAAUGCAUGGAAAGCGGCUCCGUUCAAGACAAUGGUGUGCCGCGAUGAGCAGUACAAGAAUAAGGCCAUUGUCUUUUACGCGCUUGACCACUAUUCUGAUCUUCUUAGUGAGGUGGGCGACAGCGGCGUUUGGGGCCUUCGUGUGCAGUUGCUACUAGAGGAUUUCGAGCUUUUAUUUGAACUUUAUACCCAGAUCCUGCUUUCCGAGAGCUUUUUGCAUGAUCCACCGAAAGAUGAUAUUGAAUACGUUCCUUUCGAUAGCAAUAUCACUUGCUCCUAUUGCCGAGGUAACAUAUUCAACAGAUUUUUGACUUGCCCCUGGUGUAUUGGUGAGGGUGAUGAUACAUACGACAUUUGCAUGGAGUGCUAUACCAUGGGCAGAAGCUGUGCUUGUAUAUCAAAGUUACAGUGGGUUGAGCAGUUCCGCUGGAGUGAACUGACCGGAAAGUAUGAGAAGUGGAGGCAGCAAUUACUAAGGUUCGUCGAGGCUAAGAGUGAUAAAUACCCAUGUCUCCCUGCGAAGAGGGCUCAACUGGGCAGGAAAACCCUAGCCGAGAUAUGCCAUGAACAAAUGAAACGCCGCCCCUGGUUCGAUGUCACAAAUCCGGUCUGUCAGCGAAUAGAGGAAAAUAACAGUGGCUCUGAGAAUGCUACCCCUAUUCGGAAGCGAAGAAAAACUGACAAAAGCGAUCCAUGCACAAAAGGUGGCCGAUGCCAUAUUUGCAAAUGUGCUGAGCCUAUGUGGAAGCUCGCCUCAUGCUCAUACUGCAACUUAAGUUACUGCUAUGGUAGUCUCUUCAGAGCCUUUAAUAUCCAACCACAGGACACCAUGGAGAUGUAUCACUGGAUGUGUCCUAGAUGUCAGAAGAUUUGCAGUUGCGCUGCAUGCCGUCGAGAUCCGACCAUGAACCCUUACGAACCAACAUGCACUUUAUUGGGCCACGACACCAGGAAGGUAGCAGAUCUGCGCAGUGUGGAAAGUUUGGUGGAUUUCCGUCAGUCCAACCUGCGAUGGUUGAAGAAGGCUGGUGACGAUGAAGAAGGUCGACUGAAAAAGCAUCAGAAAGAAGCGGAUGAGAAGCGCAACAAAGCCUUGGUUGAUAAUUGUAUUGAGCUAGAGUUCCCCCAGGCCGUGAGCGAGGGUCCAGAGAGUGUCAAAUUGGCUUCCCCUGCAGCUGGGUACUUCAACGACUAUAGCGAAAUACCCGUUGAUCCUGCACUGGAAAAACUAGAUGGGUCUUCUCUCCGCCGGAAGCCAUCAGUCAGUGACAUGUGCAGAUUCGCUGGAGAAGGACAGAAAGCGCUGCAGACAUGA